UUUUUUUGUCCAUUGCACUUCUCUCUCCCUGUUCAAUGAGGAGCCCAUGCACGCGGACUCUCCAGCUGUGCCAGACGGGGACACCUUCUACGAGCUGAAGGAGAUCUCCUUCAAAGGAGCCAAAAAGCGCAUAUGCAUGCAGCGCGAAAACGGUCCAUGCCCGCUUUUGGCCAUUUCCAACGCUCUGCUGUUGAGGGGCGACAUUUGCCUGAACACGGACUCCUCAGCCGCAUCCUCAGAGUGUUUGCUAAACGCCAUCAUCAACCACAUGAUAGAACGGUGCAGUAAGGUCGAAGGCUCUGAUCCUGUCAAAAAAAACAACCUAGUACAAAUCGAGAUGGCCAUGAAAACCGUACAAAAGUUACAAACCGGCUUGUGCGUCAACAUCCAGUUCAAAGACGUAGACAGUUUCGAGUUUACAUCAGAGAGCGAGCUAUUCGACUUGUGCGGGUUGACUUUGUACCACGGAUGGAUUCCAGACGUUGAUGAUCCUGACAGAGACCUAGUCCUAUCUAAGGGCUCCUACAACGCGCUUGUUGAAGCCAUCGUCACCAUGGCCGAUUCCUCGGUCGAGCCUGACGAGAGCAAGGCUGAAGUCGUUCAGCGGCUCCGCCGGUGGCUGAACAACAACGUAUCUCAGCUCACCUUCGAGGGAAUCCAUCUUUUGUGCAAGAAGCUCGGCGUCGGCGAGAUUGGCGUUUUUUUUAGAAACAAUCACUUUUCGGUUAUCACAAACCAGAACCACCGACUCUAUCUUCUAAUCACUGACCAAGGAUUCCAGCAUUACAAAGACAUAGUUUGGGAGGACUUGGACACCGUCUACGGAGGCUCGAAUUUUUACGACUCGAACUUCGAACUCUUUGUCGAUCGCACAGCUGAGUCCAGUGAGGGACAACAAACCGCCCGUACUCUGGUCAGGCAGCAAGAGAGGAAAAGGAGGUGGCACUCCUGUGUCCUCAGUUGAUGAACGCUUCAAUAAAGUGACCGAAAAAAUAAUUUUUUGAA